UGUAAUUGAAAAAAUAUAUCGCCGUUUGACAGUUACCUACUUGUAUUAAUUUUUUAAUAUAAACCAUAUAAAUUUUUACGUUUCUACGUAAUCACAAAGUAUUUAUAAAGCAGAUGGUUUCAGUUACUCUACAUAGUCUUAAAGGAACAAAGAAAUAUUUUAAAAUGCGACUAAAAUAUACGUGAGGUUAUAGUAAACAAAUAAAAAUGAAUUGACUACUACUGUAUUAAAUUGAAUCAUAUCGUUCAUCUAUUCAACCAAAUCUUAUGGGAAAUAAUUGAUAACGAAAUGGAAAUCAGACAACUAAAUAACGCAAUUUCAAUUUUGGAUAGUACAAUUUCUGAAUUUCCAAUUGGAGCUUCUACUCCAGAUGAUUUCAAACCAAUAGAAGAUAAAAUAAUUAAUUUGAGAGAAUCUCUAAGGGCACUGGAUGCUAGAAGACUAACUGUUAAUGCACAAAUUGAUUCAGAAAUGUUAGAAGAUUUAUCAGAGGGUGAUCUCAUUAGAUCAUUUGAACGUUUAAAUGAGAAUACUACAAAUUACCUGAUUAAUUUUAAGACUUUAAAACUUUGUUAUCAAAGUAAAGCAAUACAAGAUAUUAUAUACAAAAACGAAGGAUCUGAAGACAUUCAACAAAGAGCUAAAGCAUGUCUUAACCAGUUGUUUGCAUUUAAUGACAGAUUAAUAGCUAAAAAUGAAAAGAAAAAUCGACUCAUGAAAAAACAGCAUCAGCUGAGAUUAGAUUGCCAUCAGGCAAUAUACAAUCACCAAGAUUAUUUGAAAGAAAGAGAAGAUAGGAGAAAUCAACAACUUGAAAAAAUGAAUCCUGACAUUGCUGAGUAUAAGGAUAAAAUUAACAAGUCAAUAUUAAAAAUCAAUACUAUGAAAAGACUUAUAACAAAUUUAAUAGCAAGCAUGUGUAAAAAUUUGUAUGAAAAUGAGAAUCUCAUAGAAAUGUUAGCUGAGCAUAAAAAAAUCAUCAAUUUUGAUACAAUCAUUGAACUUACUCAGAGACAAAAUUUAUCAAAUAUUGAUUCAUAACUAGAAUAUUUAAAAAUAAGAACAUUGUUAGAA